CUGUCAUUAUCAUAAUUAUGUGGUGUGUGCUUCCUGAUAAACACAGUAGAGAAAGGCCUCAGGUAGUUAUAAGGAACUUUGGGAUUAUGUUAUGAUGUUAUGAUGUCUUUCACCCAAAAGAAACGCUGAGUUUGUUAUUUGAAAGGCUGAUGAAGGGAACUGCUGUUACAUUUGAAGAAAAAAAGGAGCAGCUGAAAUGUGGAUGUCUAAGAAUGACCUCUUCCUACUUCAGAGCACUUGGAUGACUCUUCUUAAGGGUUUAGUGUAGCACGGAUAUCCACAGCUCCCGUCUCACCUCAAGCUGAUACCACUACUGCAGGACAGCAAGACCCAGCCAAAGUUCCAACAGCAGCAACAUUCUGGUGACCACCGCCUCCAAACAACUCUGACAGCCCCUAUAGGGGCCAUGCCCCAUCUGCUGAACAAUGACACUUCCUUCAGCUCCAAGCAGGAGCUCCUGGACCUGCAAGAUGGCCCUCUGGCCCCCAGCGUGGACACCCCGAGCCCAGUUGGGUCACAGGGCGAUACAUCCAUGGGCUCCAUCCCAGACAGUCCAGCCAGAGAUGCCUCAGUCAGGACUGCCAAAAAAGGGGCUGAGCCCUCAGAGCCACCGAUAAGGCUGAAGUUUGUGCCCUCGGACGCUGAGAACCUCUGUGGAUGGGGUGCUUUGACUCCCAACUUCGUCCAGACCUUCAACACCCCUCGCUGGGUGCUUUUCUUCCUGUGCAUAGCCUCCUUUCUCCAGGGCAUGAUCAUCAAUGGCUUCAUCAACACGGUCAUCACCUCUAUCGAGAGACGCUUUGACCUUCGCAGCUACCAGGCUGGACUCAUUGCCAGCUCCUAUGACAUUGCUGCCUGUGUGUGCCUGGCCUUCGUGAGCUACUUUGGCGGCACUGGCCAUAAGCCUCGCUGGCUGGGCUGGGGAGUCCUGAUCAUGGCUAUAGGCUCGCUGGUAUUUGCACUACCACACUUCACUACUCCACCCUAUCAGGUGAAAACACAGGAGCACACAGGACUGUGCUCGGCCAAUCACACAGAGGUAUGCGGGGACAGCGAUGGGAGCGGCCUCUCCGCGUAUCGCUUCGUCUUCAUGCUGGGUCAGUUCCUACAUGGCAUUGGGGCCACACCUCUCUACACCCUUGGGGUCACCUACCUGGACGAGAACGUCAAGUCCAGCUACGCACCAGUGUAUAUAGGUAUCUUCUACACAGCAGCCAUUGUGGGCCCGGCAGCCGGAUACCUGCUGGGCGGCUUCUUCCUCAACAUGUACACAGAGAUUGGACAACCGACUGAGUUGACUCCUGAGAAUCCCUUGUGGGUGGGAGCUUGGUGGAUCGGUUUUCUGGCUGGAGGGGCUGCUGCUCUUUUCACUGCUCUGCCUAUCCUGGGCUACCCCCGCCAGCUACCAGGUUCUCAACGCUAUGUGGCCAUGCGUGUCUCUGAGGCUCAUCAGCUGAAGGACGGCAGUCAAGUAACCGCCGCUGACCCUCAGUUUGGCAAGACUGUGAAGGACAUGCCGAGGUCAGUGCUACUAUUGUUGAAGAACCCUACAUUUAUUUUUCUGUGUCUGGCUGGUGCUACAGAGGCCACUCUCAUAGCUGGGAUGUCGACAUUUGGGCCCAAGUUCCUGGAGUCCCAGUUCAGUCUGAGUGCCUCAGAGGCAGCCACCUGGUUCGGCUACAUGGUGGUCCCAGCUGGUGGGGGUGGCACCUUCCUGGGUGGCUACAUUGUGAAGAAGCUGAACCUGCGCUGCCGGGGCAUCAUUCGCUUCUGCAUGCUGUGUGCCGUGGUCAGCCUGCUGGCCAUCUUCAUUUUUCUGCUGCACUGCCCUAAUGUGCCAAUGGCUGGAGUGACCGUGCCCUACCACAGCAGCCCCUUCUACCUGCAGCCAAACAGCAACAGUUCUUUUUCAGGUGGGAAUCUGACAGUGGGCUGUAAUGCAGACUGUCACUGUGUGAAGGAGCACUAUAACCCCGUGUGUGGAGCUGACGGGGUGAUGUACUACUCCCCCUGCCACGCUGGCUGUGGCACUGUCAACCACACACACAGCCAUGGCAGCAGACAGAUGUUUACAGGCUGCAGUUGUGUGUUCGGGAACGUGUCUCAGGGUGAGGAGGGUGUGGCUGUAGCAGGAAAAUGCAGCUCUUCCUGUAACCACAUGCCAGCCUUUCUCAGCUUCCUCUUCAUUAUCAUCUCCUUCACCUUCCUGUGCAGCAUCCCUGCUCUCACAGCCACACUCAGGUGUGUUCCUGACAGCCAGAGGUCUUUUGGACUGGGCAUUCAGUGGAUUGUGGUGCGGACGCUGGGUGGCAUCCCGGGACCAAUAGCGUUCGGUUCAGUGAUCGACAUCUCCUGCCUGCUGUGGCAGGAGCAGUGUGGAGAACAGGGGUCCUGUUACCUCUACCAUAACUCUGCCAUGAGCCAAUACACCCUCAUCGCUGGCAUCAUCUAUAAGGUUUUAGGCACUCUAUUCUUCCUGCUGGCGAGUGUGUUAUACCAGCCUCCUCCGGAGUCUCCUCAGAGCAGCUGUGAGAGCACAGACCAGGGGGCAGGAGACAGCGGGGGGGAAAACGGAGACUUUCCUAUCAAAGACCUCCCUCCUGAGAUCAUAGCCAAUGUACACGCCAGGUUGUGACCUCCAACUCCAAACACACACACAUGGGCCCGCUCACCUCUGCUCACUUCACCCCACCUGUGUGAGUGUGUGUGAAUGUGUGUAGUCCGUCAGCUUCAUUACAAGCUCAGAUACAACAAAUCACACAGUGUUCCCUGUGACCGUGCACCAUUUAGACCAGAACGCCAGCUUCGGAACUGUCGCACACACCCGCUAUGUGGCAGCCUUAAGUUCUCCUUCCCACUGCUACCUGACCUACAUGACCAAAUCAUCUGAAUGGGUCAUCUAAGACCAGAGGUCAAAGGUCUCAGUGCGGUUUACUCUGCUGGUGUUCAUCAUGAUACUGCAAACAUCUUUCAGCUUCAAAGGACCGAUUUCUUUCAAAGAACUGGUGAUGCACAUUGGGAGAUGCAAAAAGAAAGGUUUUACAAUGCUUGUGCACUAAAUGUUCAUGGUGAAAAAUAACUGGCAUCAUACAGAACCAGAGCUGAUGAUGAAUCAAAGCUGCAGUCAGUACAUUUUUUGUUGAGACCCUAAGACAGUGAUCAACAUCCCUCCUUUUGGCAGUCUACCUUCCUGCAGAAUUCCAGGUCCAACCCUAAUCAGCCCCACCUGAUUUGUCUACUUACUGCCUUCCAGAAGUCCUUGAGGUGUGUUAGAUUACAUUCACAUUCAUCGUUUUAAAGCUUUUGUAUUAAAUAUGAUCUUUCUGGUGUUUUUUUGACGGUUCACUUUCACAUAGUAAAGUGACCUGUAUCCUUUAGUGCGAGCACAACUGCGACAUGAAACAUGCGGGCAGACAAAUUGUCAUGAACAUUAAGUAAACUAGCUGCACAAACCCUCUUCACAGCGGUUCAUUAUUCGAAUGAGAGGCACAAAAAAGAUAAGAUGCAUUGCUUUUGCUGCAUUUAGCUUCAAAGGUGCUGCUGCCACAGUUAACAAAGUGCAUUCAGUCGAGAUAAAAAAAAAAAACACGACUUCCAUUCUGACCGUUCUCAUUAAAGUCAAUGUGAAUUGAAAUCAAAGCAUGAAAAGCUUGUUCCACAAUGUGACAUUUAUGAGUGAAACAGGAUAUUUGGGUAGGGAUUAAAGGGGACCUAUUCACCCUCUGUUAGGAUGUUAGGGUUAGUGUGACCCUAACCCCCUGUUAGAGCUCCUGUGUCUAAACACCCCUCCUGAUGAGUUUGGUCAGUUCGCCCACUCUGUUAUAGUUGUUUAACUGCCAGAGCGGUUCCACCCCUGCACGUUCCACCCCUGUCUUGCAGUCUACAGAGACCCUUCUGAGCAGCUGUAAACACCGCUGCGGCUAUUUGGUGUCGGUUCUGCCGUGUAAGUUUGAGUCAGAAUCAGGUUCUGAAGGUCAAGUCAGCAUCUUCGACAUGGCUACAAAACUGAACAGACUCUUCCCAGCCUCCAGUAGUUGCAAUGCAUUGUGUGAGGGUGUGCCAAGCUUACCGGUAGGUGGGCAGUAAGGACUGUGUUACGAGAGUGCGUCAUCUUGUAAUUCAGGAAAAGGGACAGAAUUCCAACGAGGCAUUUCAGACAGCUGCGAAAAGUGGUUUCUGUGGGAGAGAGUUACUCUGUCAUGUACCUCGAGCUUUAUAAUAUUGCAGACUAUUUACAUGCACAAAAAGCUAUAACAUACUAAAGGAAAUGGAAAAACCAGAAAAGCAUAACAGGUCCACAUUUAAUUUUAGGCAGGACAUGAUUUUAUCAGUCUUUCCAAAAUAAACAUUGAAUCAGACCCAGACACUUAUCUACAGUCAGUUCUGGAGGACUUGCUUUCUGCAACACCUCUAGCACUCAUGAUGGAGGAGGUGGGACAAAAUUCUGGUAGUAUAUUAGGUGCAAGGGGGGAGUGGGAAGGAAGGGAGGAAGAUGUUAUGAUAUUACUGAUUAAUAGUUUCCCCCACCUGUGGUCCACACUGCUCUACUGCUGUCUAAUGGCUUGUUAAGGCCCCAUAAUAACAGUGUUUUAACAUUUAUGGUGAUUAAUGCGUUAUAUGUAUACAUUAUUUAGCCGGCGGUUUAAAGAGAAAUUGGCCCUCUCUAGUUAGUCUGUCAGUUCUUUUGAUUUAUUGCCUUUUUUAUGCCUUUUAUCACCAUUGGCUUAUCUGAUCACAUAGCUCGAUCACCAGGCCUACCAGGGACAAGAACAGGGUGAAAAUGGUCAAUGUGGAUUUCAGGUUGAUUUUAAGAUGGAAUGGCCAUGAAUCAGAUACGUGUCUGAUCGAGGACCAAAUAUGAAAAUGGCUAAGGUUGGAUUUGAAAAGAUCAGAUUUGUCAAAUCAAAGUCAAGUCAAAGUUUAUUUGUAUGGCGCUUUUUACAACAGGUGUCGUCAUAAAGCAGCUUUACA